AGGCACCACAGCCUCACUGCCAGUUUGCAGGUUACUGCCAGGCUCCGGGAACAAGGAAAUGAUGACAGAUAAAGCAGAGGAGUCUACUGUUGGGCCCGAGAAGCAAAUGAAAUGUCAUAGAGAACUCAUGACUUCUCUGUGUAAGAGUAGGCUGACCAGGGGGCUGCUGUCAGUGAUGCCGGAAGAAGAGGGGGCAUUCCAGGCCAGGGGCUCAGCCGUGUCUUUGGAAGAUGAUGACCCCAAGGUCGCCAGGAAGUCUGUGCUGUUCGGAAUGAUGCCGGAUACGUUGUCAUUCAAUCCAGAGGCGAUGAAUAGUGAUGUAAAACAUCAAAUCAUGAAAGAAAUUCGACAGUUUGGACGAAAAUAUGAAAAAAUCUUCAAAUUGCUUGAAGGAAUUCAAGGACCUCCAAAAGUGAGGAGACAGUUUGUUGAAUUUGCCAUCAAGGAAGCAGCAAGAUUUAAAAGACGAGACUUAAUUAAGCACCUUGAGAAGAUACUCGACAAAAUAGAAUCUGACAAAUUUCUCAGCAAAGAUAAGCAUAGCCCAAACCUAUAACCCUGUUAUCUCAACAAUCAAAAAAUAAGAAGCAGAUUGCUGUCUUCUAGAACGGAAUGGGAUAUUGCCGAAGCCUCCUAGCAUGUGUUAGUUAAGAGAAUUGCCUUCCGGAGGCUAAGAAAAAGUUGUUGUAGUUUUAAAAAUUUUAUUAAUUGUUGUUAAUAAAAGCUGGGCUUUUGCCCUACGAGUUCAUUUGAAA